CGCUAGCGGCAGUGGCUGAAUGCCCACUGGUGAAUAGAAAGAUCGCACCAUGCUGAUGUUCUCCUCGUCACUGUGACGAUGACAUGAGCCCUGGCCUCGCCGCUUCCGUUUGUCGCGGCUUCCUUGCCUUUCGGGCCCCUCGCAGUUGCGCUUGGAAUGGCAGAAGAUGCUGUGGCGAGCGUCCAAGCUACAGCGUACCUCCCGCACCCCACUGGAUCUCGCCGACGAUGGGGCGAAGCCCAUGCAAUUCGAGGCGUCUGUCCACCUUCAGCAAGGAUGGGGACUGUCAGCUUUUACGAAGACUAUCGACCACCUACAAAGACUGCCGUGUACCCCAUCCGUCGCCGACCUUCGCCGAGCUCUCCGUUUUUCGUACUUCGCGCCGCCGUCUUCGUGGAGUUAUCGUUCGACGCCGCCAUGCGGUACACGGGACCACGGGCUACAAACGAACAUCGAGGCGUCGACGUCGCAAGCACAAUGUCCACUCAACACACUGACUGUCGCCCGACACAUCUCUCGGAUAUUGUCUCUCCGAGAGCACUCACUAGACGCGAUACGCCACCAGCGACUUGCCUGCGGAGCGCUUCGACAUACUUGACACUAUGGGGCGCUUCGACAAUCUAUAUACCCGGCUAACAGGGUUAUAUGGUCGCUCAGACGGGGUUAUAUGGGCUCCAGCGACUAGAGUGAAGUGCGCAAUCUGGCCACCAUGACAAUCGGGCCCGGUCCACGCGUACUCCAGCCGCCGUGGUUCGCAUAUGAAGAGCGUGUCGUAUCGCAUACAGUGCAUGCCGUAUUCCAUCAAGACCAGGGUCUAGCGCGUAUCGUUACGCAUGCAACAACCCAAGCGUCAUGAAUGCGCUCUGUCAACGGCGAAGGGGCGGUAACGAUUGCAUUUUGG